AUGGCGGAAAAGCAAUUUGGAUACACUGCUGAAGAAGCAGUUGGGCAGAACCCAAUUAAUGUUAUGGUAGAUGAUCAGGAUGCUGCCUUUGCGAUGAACAUUGCUCAACGUUGUUUCAAUGGAGAGAGCUGGACCGGUGAGUUUCCUGUCCGGAGCAAAUCUGGGCAUAGAUUUUCAGCUGUCACUACUUGUUCGCCAUUUUACGAUGACGCCGGUUCCCUUGUUGGCAUCAUUUCUCUCACAAGUAAGUCAGCGCCGUAUCUGCACCCUAUAAUCUCUCUGGCUAAGUUAAAGGCAAAACAAGGUGGAGUAAACUCUAGCCCUGUAAGUAGUUUCGUAUCAAAACGUGGUUUGGAGUCCAAAGGAGCUGUUUUAUCGAAACUUGGACUUGACUCUCAUCAGCCUAUACAAGCUGCUAUAGCAUCAAAGAUGUCAGAUUUGGCAUGCAAGGUGAGCAACAAGGUCAUGUCGAAAAUGCGAGCAGGUGACUUUGGUGCCGCUCUCUCUGAACAAAGGGACGAUGCAUUAUCAAGUGGUGCCAGCAUACAAAGAGGGAAUUUUAUAUAUGCUCCUUUUGGUGUGUUCUCAUGUGAUGAGAGUAUUCUUACUUCAAAAGCUGAGCAUGAAGUUUCAAAAGGAAGGCCAACUAAUUCAUUAUGGCCUUGUGUACAUGAUGAUCAAGGGAAACAUAAGUCUCACAAAAACUUUGAAAGUGAUUCCUCUGAUAAUAAUAAGUAUACCAGUAAUAAGGGAAGCAGAUUGUGGUCUUCACUAAAUUCAAACAACAGAAGCAGUUCCAGUAGCUGCAAAAGUAUAAGCAACAGUGUUAUGAACAAGGUUGCUACAAAUAGUGAUUGCUUGGAAUAUGAAAUUUUAUGGGAUGAUUUGACAGUUGGAGAAGAAAUAGGACAAGGUUCAUGUGGAACUGUUUAUCGCGGUCUCUGGUUUGGAUCUGUUGUAGCUGUAAAAGUGUUCUCCAAAGAAGAAUAUUCAGAAGAAGUCAUACAAUCUUUUAGACAAGAGGUAGCGUUGAUGAAAAGACUUAGACAUCCUAAUGUUUUGCUGUUUAUGGGAGCUGUGACUUCACCUCAGCGUCUCUUGCAAGCCUCUUCCAGCUCCUACAGAGGAAGACAUCAAAACUGGAUUGUAGGCGGCGUAUCAAUAUGGCCUUGGACAUUGUGA